AUGAGCAGUGCAUCUCCUGAUGUGGGACCCUCGCAGGACAUUUUUACGUCCAAGAGUGUGUCCGAGGACCAAGGUUCUCACAACUCUAACGUCAUGAACGCCCCAGAGCCCAAGGCCAACAGAGUCGACUCUCACGACGAGAUCGACGAAUUGAAGAAAGACGCCGAGGAACAACUCGCCAGCAAAAGUCAGAAGGAUUUCUUCUUCGUGUCUAUGUGCUGUGUCAUGGUUGCGUUCGGUGGUUUCGUUUUCGGUUGGGAUACCGGUACCAUUUCCGGUUUCGUUCAACAGACUGAUUUCGUGCGCAGAUUUGGUCAAAUCAACUCCAAAGGCGAACAUUAUUUGUCCAACGUCAGAACCGGUCUUAUGGUUUCUAUCUUCAACAUUGGUUGCGCCAUCGGUGGUAUCGUUCUAGGUAAGCUUGGUGAAGUUUACGGCCGUCGUCUCGGUUUGUCCAUUGUCGUUGUUAUCUACGCUGUCGGUAUCAUCAUUCAAAUUGCUACUAUUGACAAAUGGUACCAAUAUUUCAUUGGUAGAAUUAUUUCCGGUCUUGGUGUUGGUGCCAUCACCAUUUUGUCACCUAUGUUGAUUUCCGAAGUGGCUCCAAAGCACUUGAGAGGUACUCUAGUUUCUUGUUACCAAUUUAUGGUCACAGGUGGUAUUUUCUUGGGUUACUGUACUAACUACGGUACUAAGAACUACACCAACUCCGUUCAAUGGAGAGUUCCAUUGGGUCUAUGUUUCGCAUGGGCUCUUUUCAUGAUUGGCGGUAUGACUUUGGUUCCUGAGUCUCCUCGUUACUUGGUCGAAGUCGGCAAGCUCGAGGAAGCAAGACGUUCUUUGGCACGUGUCAACAAGGCUCAAUUGGAAGACGCUGUUGUUACAUUGGAAUUGGAAAACAUCGAAGCUAGUGUUGAAGCCGAAAAAAUGGCUGGUAAGGCUGGCUGGGGCGAAUUGGUCACCGGUAAGCCACAGAUGUUGAAGCGUACCAUUAACGGUAUUGUUAUCAUGUCUUUGCAACAAUUAACUGGUGACAACUACUUCUUCUACUAUGGUACUACUAUUUUCAAGGCUGUCGGUUUGACUGACUCUUUCCAGACUGCUAUUGUCUUCGGUGUCGUUAAUUUCUUUUGCACAUCCCUUUCUCUGUACACUGUCGACAAAUACGGUCGUCGUAACUGUUUGAUUUACGGUGCCAUUGGUAUGGUUGCUUGUUACGUCGUAUAUGCCUCAGUCGGUGUCACAAGACUGUAUCCCGAAGGUGCUAAGAACACGGAUGUUACCUCCCAGGGCGCUGGUAACUGUUUGAUUGUUUUCGCCUGUUUCUACAUUUUCUGUUUCGCUACCACCUGGGCUCCAAUUGCCUACGUGCUGAUCUCUGAAACUUACCCAUUGAGAGUCAAGGGUAAGGCCAUGUCGAUUGCUUCUGCUUCCAACUGGCUAUGGGGUUUCUUGAUCUCAUUCUUCACUCCAUUCAUCACAUCCGCCAUUAACUUCUACUACGGUUACGUCUUUAUGGGCUGCAUGGUGUUUGCCGUCUUUUACGUUUUCUUCUUUAUCCCAGAAACCAAGGGUCUAACUUUGGAAGAAGUCAACGAGAUGUACCAAGAAGGUAUCUCGCCAUGGAGAUCUUCCGCUUGGGUGCCAGCCUCUAGAAGAGGUGCUGACUACCACGCCGAAGAUUUGGAUGACGACAUGAACUUGCCAUGGUACAAGAGAUACUUCUAA